AUGUUCCGCCAUCUCCUCUGCUAUGUGGCGUCCAGCAGGUCACUUCACUCUGAGCCUCAAGAUUUCCUCCCCAGUAGAAAAGGGGAGAGAGACGAGAGCAAUGGCAGGGAGCCUCACUUUGGGAGCAGGCAGGAUUCUAUGGGGCUGGGUCCCCGUAUCCUGCAGAAGCUUCUCUCUGGGUGUUCCUGAAAUGCUCCAUGUAAGGCUCACCCUUCCGCCUCCCAAAGUGGUUGAUCGUUGGAACGAGAAGAGGGCCAUGUUCGGGGUGUAUGACAACAUUGGGAUCUUGGGAGACUUUGAAAUGCACCCCAAAGAACUGAUUAGGGGCCCCAGAUGGCUUCGAGGCUGGAAGGGGAAUGAAUUGCAACGAUGUAUCAGAAAGAAGAAAAUGGUUGGAAAUCGAAUGUUCCUUGAUGACCUGCACAACCUUAACAAACGCAUCAGCUACCUCUAUAAACACUUUAACCGACAUGGAAAGUACCGAUAGAAGAAAAGCUGGGAACUGUGGAAGAGGCACAUCUGUCACUGAGGGGGAAGAGGAACAGUAUUGUUCCUUCUAAGGAAAAGGAUUUGUAUACUCUCUGUAAUAAAAUGGGGCUUCUUUGGAA